AUGGCAGCAGCUGAAGCAGCUGUCAAAGAGAAGAUUGUGAAACUGGCUGAAGAGACCUUCUGUGGCUCUGGGGAUAUCGAAGCACAAGAUGCCAAGUCGUUUCACCAAUACUUUUUGCAGACUUACCCACCUGGCUCUGCAGAGCGCUCCAAGCUGCUUUCUGACCUUCACGGCUUGGAAAACCGUCUCAAGGCCUUGACAGGCUGGGUUCCGCCAGCUGCAGUUGACACAGUGCUUCCUUUCAAUGCUGGCCAGAUCCAAAGUUUUGUGGUUGCCCCUUGGCAGCUUGGGCUUGCAGCUGAGGAUUCAGUCAAGGGCCCGUCCAAGAUCGUGUACAUCUUGGAUACUGUGUCAAAUUUCUUGGCCAGCCCAUAUCGUUCUGAAAGGGAACCGCUUGACUUGCUGUUUUCUCCAGGGGCCCGCCCUGGUGAACCUGUGGUUGAUUGGUCCAUGGUUCAUGCGAUUGGAAUGGGAAAAAGUAGCGCAUGCCGAAUCAUUUUGGAAUGCACCCUGCGGCUUGGCCUCAGUGAUCUUGAGCUUGUGGCAAUUUCAGAUGUCUUGAAAGCCUUGCUGCGGAUGAAGGCCACUUAUGAACCAUCUGCCACAGAGGAGCAGCAGUUCAUGCGAAGCUUGGGUUUCAAAAGUCAAAUGGCUGAGCGAUCCCGACCAGACCCUCUGAUGGUAGCUUGCAAAUGGUCAGACCUGCUGCGUGGUCAGGGUUUGAAUUUUGCUGCUGUCAUUGACCAACGCAUUCAGGCAUACAACAAAGGGCGCACAGAAGCUGUAGCAAUUUCACAACAAGAAAAGGCGUUCAUCAAGCUGUAUGUCCACCAAGCCCCGGAGUUCACUGAGCUUCUGGAGUACCAUUGGCAAAAUUUCAAGGUUGCUGAAUCCGCAGUCCCUUUGAAAAUUUGGGCAAAUCCAGACCUCUCACCAGACACAAAGCAGAUUCGUUCUGGUGGCAAAGCCUUGUGGACAAACAUCUUGAAGUGGACCCCAGCUAAGAACAACUACUGGUUGCUUCGGGCGAUUGGAAUUUUCCUGAAGAAUUUGAAAGAAGCCCAGAUGGCAGGCAAGAACGUAUCCUUGAAAAGUAUGGCCAACAGGUUUCGCUCAAACUUCAAAGAUCCAUUGGCCCAUGACCAGGCUUCUCUUUUCGGCCAUUUCCUUCCAGAAUGGAAGUCUCAUGUCACAAACACCCACUUGGAUGAUCUGAUUGCGCGCUUCAGCAAGGGUUACUUGAACAAGGAACUUCAGGAGAAGCUCAAGCUGAUGGAGCCAGAGCUCAAGGCAACGGAUUUUCGAUUCAUUCAGCAGGUCUCUGGUCAGUGGUCUUCGGUUCUUGGUUCCUCGGUUCUUGGUGAUGGAACACAGGAAGCUGAGCGCGCGAAAGAGCAGGCUGAAUUCAAUUUGUUUCAAUCCAGGCUGGCAAAAGAGGCCGCUAUGUUUUCUGACUACACCCGGCAGCUGCAACUGUUCCAUGCAAGGCAGCAUGAGGAAAAGGUUGCUGCAAACUUGUGCCUGAAGCAAGCCUUGGCUGCUGCAACAGACACUUUCUCAAACCACUGGAUGCCAUGCAGGCGCACCAGUGAAUCUGGGGUUCUGCCCUAUGUCAAUGAAGUCAUGGUCUCCUUUGCAGAAAGUGAGGGGAUUUCCAGCAGCAAAGCCUUACAGCUUCACAUUGCUUGCUUUGACAAGCUGGGCCUCCAUUGGUUUGCAAACGCAAAGCCCACUGUCUCCGUCAUUGCCAAUGCAGUUGGCGCUGCACCUGAGAAUGUGGCAGCCAUAGUGUUUGCCCCAAACGUUGGGAAGCCAGGGGAUGCAUACGACAUGCUGAAGAUUCAAGAAUCAGAGGAUGAACUGGACGCAAUGCUGCGGGAAGACACCUACAACCUUCGAGCCACCCGCGGCUUCAUAUCAUUUUCAGAAGAAUCGGUUGGAUGUGGCAAAUCUAAGAGGCCAGGUGGAACCACUUUUUGGUUUGUGGUUUCCAAGGUCCGGAAUGCAAAAGGCGAGCUCAUCUCCAAAUGGAAUGGUUGCUUCCUCCAGGUGCGAAAGCGUACAGUCGCGGAAUGCCCAGUGUUGCCACGCACAUCAUGGGUGAACCCGUGCUCACCCAUUGCUCGGCCACUUGGUGGCGCCAACAUUUCCAAAGCAGCUCGCUCCAAGCAGUGGGCCACAGGAGAAGGUUUUUGGCGCACUGUCUUGCAGUCAGCUGUGGAAUGGCUGUCUUUGGACAAAUCCUGGGUGAUUUUUGUCGUCGAUCUUCACCCUUAUGACGGCACACUUCAAAAGUGCAUCACGAAUUUCCAUUCCAGUGCAGGCAAACUGCCUGAGUUUGCUUCCAUUGCUCCCAUUUGGGCGAAUUUGGGUUCUAUUGAUGAUGGUGAAGGUGACAAGCCAGACAACCUGCGAAUUGAAGCUUUUUGCCGACAGUCUCUCAAAACCCACAUAGAAGGAGAACUGCGCAGUGGUCGAUUGAAGGUAGCAGGCUUCACCAUGCCAGAAGCCAAUGAGCAGACUGCUGUGAGCCCACCAAUUUACAAUGAGGACUGGCUCGACAAAGUGACAGCCACCUUUCCUACUUUGGGAGAUGAGGUCCAGAAGGCCAUUGGUGAGCACAACAAAGUGCACAACCCCUCUGGUGUUCCAUACAAAGGAGAGAAGAAGAGAACAGCACCCGAAGCCCAGGAGGAGGAAGAGAAAUCAGCUGUGACAUUGGAGCCGGUUGACACCACCAUUGAGAAGUUGUCCCCAGACGCGCAACUCUGCGGACCAGAUGGUCACUAUGAACUUCUGGUGAAAGGUCCCCAUUUGUACUUGCAUGGGCUUGCUGACUGUGUCGUGAGUGCACAGAGCCCCGUGUGCCAUUUUUGGGGCAGAUACCUCUGCGGGUCAACGGACAAGAAAGAUAUCGCCAAGUUUCAAGGCCAAAUGCUUCCAUGGCAAAUGGACAGCAAGGAGUAUGUAGCUUGCUUUGCAGUGGAAGAUGAAAGCAACAAUGUGGACUUGGCAGAUUUUCCCCAGAACCCUCAAAGUUUGAUUGCAUUCUUGCGUCACCUGGAGGAAAAUUCACUUGUGGGUGUCAACAUCGAGGUCCAUGAGGUCAAGUACACACAGAAGCCUGAUGCCUUGCAGCCAGGCCAAGUGACUACAGAGUACAGCAUCAAGCCCACUGAGGAAUGUUAUUUUCUGCCACAGCCAUUGCCAAAAAACACAAAGAUCUUGUUGGAGAAU